GUCCGGGCUUGAGGCCGGCCCCAGACGCCCCGCUCUGCCCCGUGGCGGCGCCGCUGGUGCCGGGCGCUCCUGCCCCCAGCGCAUGAGCAGCCCCGCCUGCUGACUGCCACUGCACACCCACCUGUCCCCCACCCCCGCGGCUACACCAUGUCUGGCUCCUACGACGAGGCCUCGCUAGCUCCAGAGGAGACCACUGACAGCUUCUGGGAGGUGGGGAACUACAAGCGGACGGUGAAGCGCAUCGAUGACGGCCACCGCCUGUGUAACGACCUGAUGAACUGCGUGCAGGAGCGCGCCAAGAUCGAGAAGGCGUACGCGCAGCAGCUCACCGACUGGGCCAAGCGCUGGCGCCAGCUCAUCGAGAAAGGGCCACAGUAUGGCAGCCUGGAGCGGGCCUGGGGGGCCAUCAUGACGGAGGCGGACAAGGUGAGCGAACUGCACCAGGAAGUGAAGAACAACCUGCUGAACGAGGACCUGGAGAAGGUCAAGAACUGGCAGAAGGAUGCCUAUCACAAGCAGAUCAUGGGCGGCUUCAAGGAGACCAAGGAAGCUGAAGACGGCUUCCGCAAAGCCCAGAAGCCCUGGGCCAAGAAGAUGAAGGAGCUAGAGGCAGCAAAGAAGGCCUACCAUCUGGCCUGCAAGGAGGAGAAGCUGGCCAUGACGCGGGAGAUGAAUAGCAAGACCGAGCAGUCAGUCACGCCUGAGCAGCAGAAGAAGCUGCAGGACAAAGUGGACAAGUGCAAGCAGGACGUACAGAAGACGCAGGAGAAGUAUGAGAAGGUCCUGGAUGACGUGGGCAAGACCACGCCCCAGUACAUGGAGGGCAUGGAGCAGGUGUUCGAGCAGUGCCAGCAUUUCGAGGAAAAGCGGCUGGUCUUCCUCAAGGAGGUGCUGCUGGACAUCAAACGUCACCUCAACUUGGCCGAGAAUAGCAGCUAUGUCCACGUGUACCGGGAGCUGGAGCAGGCCAUCCGGGGGGCCGACGCCCAGGAUGACCUUAGGUGGUUCCGCAGCACCAGCGGCCCUGGCAUGCCCAUGAACUGGCCCCAGUUUGAGGAGUGGAACCCAGACCUUCCUCACACCGCCGCCAAGAAAGAGAAGCAGCCCAAGAAGACAGAGGGCGUGACGCUGACCAAUGCCACUGGAGUGGUGGAGACCACAUCCCAGGCUGGGGACCGUGGCAGCGUUAGCAGCUACGACAGGGGCCAGCCUUAUGCCACCGAGUGGUCGGACGACGAGAGCGGGAACCCAUUUGGGGGCAAUGAGGCCAACGGGGGCUCCAACCCCUUCGAGGACGACGCCAAGGGAGUGCGUGUGCGGGCACUCUAUGACUACGACGGCCAGGAGCAGGAUGAGCUCAGCUUCAAGGCUGGAGAUGAGCUCACCAAGCUCGGCGAGGAGGAUGAGCAAGGAUGGUGCCGCGGGCGGCUGGACAGUGGGCAGCUGGGCCUCUAUCCCGCCAACUAUGUGGAGGCCAUCUAGCUGCCCUGCUCCCCUCCACACCACCCCUCACUCCUCGUCCACUGCCUCCCCUCCCUUCUCUCUCUCGUCCCUCUUCCCUCGCCAUAGAGUUCCAGACAUAUUUUCCGAUCAAGCUUUUAUUUUUUUAAAAGUCAAAACAGAACAAAACAAAAAAUACAGAGACAGAAGCAUUUGCAGGGCCGCCUGGAGGCCAGGGUGGUGGGACUCGGGGUGAUGGCCCCAGGGUAGGUGAGGGUCUUAGUACUUAGCCCAACAGAGACAUUGCAACAUCUGCUCUUCAGAUCCCACCAAAGAAUCUCCUGAGCCCUGAGGGUUGUCUCCCGGACCCUUCUCUCCUGCCUCACUCCCCAGAGACUACGCUUUCCACCCCUGCCCCCCCCACCCCAGGUUGCCAGUGUCUGUCCCCCUCCUCUUCUCUGGGCCUG